AUUCAAAUAAUAAUUGUUUUUUUUUUUUAGAUUCUUUCAAAAUUUAAUGUGCAAUACUGGUUAGUGUGAAAAUUUGUAGUAUGUUCAAGAGAACGGCGUUAGCUUUGAGUCGGUUCAAUGGGUCGUAUUUGUGUAAUGGAAGGCUGCAUUCGAAUCUUUUCUGUAGAUGCAUGCACUUGCCACAAAUUCAAGAGCUGCAAAAAUCCGAUCCAAAAACUAAGCCAACAACAAAUCCUCAAGAAGAGACCCAACCAAAUGUAUUCCCAAGUCUCAUGCCAAAGCGUCUCGGAAGAAUUCAAAUAGAAGAGGCAAACGAUACUUUCGUGUUCCAGACUCUGCGUACAAAGCUCCUGGAUGAGCUGCAGACGCAACAGGAUGAAAGGAUACGAAAACCAGAAGAGGAAACACGUCAAAACAUAAGUAAGCCGAAGAAGACCGAGGAAAAGCAGGAAUCUAAAAAGACUAGAAUCGAGUGUCUACACAAGUCCAAAGAAAUGGCUAUGAAAAACUGUGGAAAGGAGGUCAAGGAUGCGGAAAUCAUUAAGAAGUGCAAGCAAGUGGCCAACAGGCAGAAACGCAAGAAGGACGCGUUGAAAAAGCUAUUUCGCCAAUUGGCCAUGAAGGAGAAGUGCGAGCUCUUGAAGCUGAAGAAAAAGUGCAAGGAGUUGGCCAAAAGGGGCGCCUCGUGUGAUCCUUGCGACAUCGCACUGAGAAAAAAGUGCGAGGAAAUGGCCAUAGCUGAGCAAUGUAAGAAGCUAGCUGCAAAAAACAAAUGUAAGAAACGAAAGCCCAAGCCCAAGAAAAAACCGGACAUGGAAAAAAAGUGCAAGGAGCUGGCCCUUCUGCGUGAAGCCCGGGAGAUGGAAGAACAACAAAGGCUCGAAGAGGAAAAACGCCACAAGGAGGCGUGCCGGAAAGCGGAGAAGCCGGGCUGCGUGGAAGAGGAUCCGUGUAAUAUUGAUCCUUGCAAGAAAAAAAAGAUAACUUUUCCUGAGGGCCAUCCCUGCUACAAGGAGGAUCCUUGCAAGGAGCCAGUAGAUCCCUGUGCUAAAGAUCCAUGCAAGGAAAGAGAGAAAAUGCGAAAGCUUUGCCAAAAGUUGGCCGAGAUAGACCAAUGUCAAAAGAUGGCCAAAAGAGAAAAGAUGAUCAAAAUGCUAAAAGAGUGUAGGAAACUUGCCCAAAAAGACAAAUGCAAGAGGAUGGCUAACAAACCGAAACCGAAAUGCUAAAAUUCCUUAAAGUUAACGCUAAUUGAACGAAAAUAUUUAGAAACACUUAAAAUAUGU